AUUACACUGGAGUUUUACAGUUUGUAGUCAGUCUCCUGUCUCUGAGCCUUUUUUUGUGUGCUGUUGGACUCACACUUGAACUUUCAACAUGGUUGAUGCUUUCUGUGCGACCUGGAAACUCAUAGACAGCCAGAACUUUGAUGAGUACAUGAAAGCACUGGGUGUCGGCUUUGCAACAAGGCAAGUAGGAAAUGUCACCAAACCCACAGUCGUCAUCGGCCAAGAAGGAGACAAGGUCACCGUUAAAACUCUGAGCACUUUCAAGAACACUGAGAUCUCCUUCAAACUGGAAGAGGAGUUUGACGAAACCACUGCAGAUGACAGGAAUGUAAAGUCCACAGUAAGCUUGGAUGGAGACAAACUUGUGCAUGUGCAGAAGUGGGAUGGAAAAGAAACCAAGUUCGUCCGAGAAAUCAAGGACGACAAGAUGAUCAUGACUUUGACCUUUGAAGGUAUCCAAGCUGUUCGCACCUAUGAAAAGGCGUAAAUGAUCCGACUCAAGGAUGCUUCAGUCUACUCCUGGCAACUUGACAAUGUCCGAGCAGCAUUAAUUUUUUUUUUUUUUUUACAACCUAGACUGUUCCAUUUUAAGUCAUGGGACCUGUUCUUUUUUUAACUGCUUUUUAUAUGAAACAUGUGAGUAAUGGAGUUCUGAUCACUGAACAUUUGUGUAAAACUGACGCAAAUACAAACUCAAUAACA